UAGGGUCGAAUUUUAAGCUGCGUUCUGAUUAAACGCAGCUUCAGGAUGCUGUUUGAGCUGUGUUUAUUAAACCCGGCUAUAAACCAUCUCUGAAGCUGCGUUUUUUGAUGUUAGAGCUGCGUUUAACCCGGUAGGAUUGAAGCCGCGUUUUCAAAAACGCAGCUUUAGUUCCAACCUGGAAAAUUUUUUUUUUUUUUUUUUCAAUAUAUCUGAGAGCUGCGUUUAACAAACGCAGCUUCAAAACUUAUAGAGCUGCGUUGUUGUAAACGCAGCUCCAGACAUGUCAAAGCUGCGUUUAGAAGAACACAGCUCUAGCUCUAUGUGGUAGACCUGCGUUUAUUUAAACGCAGCUCCAGACUCAUUUAUGCUGCAGCUAUAGCCUUCCUAUAAAUUCAAAAAAACCCCUAAAAUUGAAACCCAAUCAAUCCCUAAAUUGAAAAACACUCAGCUUCUCAACCUAGCUCCCGGUAAUCUCGCCGCCGUGCUCGAUCUCAACCCACAGUCCGCAAUCUCAACAAUGCAGGGUGACCCAGUUGGCCUCUGACUCUGUUGCUUGGACCCACGCUCAGAGAGCUUGACCGCGAAGAACUGGUUCUCGGGCUCCGAGUGGCCAAGAUUUCAGAGAUUCGUUGCAAGGUUGGUGCACCCAGGAGGACUGUUGAGGACGAACAAGGCAGCGGCAUUGGCGAAGUUUCUAGAAACAAAGCUACCCCGAUUUCUCUCGCAUCUCCAACUCCAGCGAUUUCGACAGCGCCUUCACUUGUAUUGUCAUCACCCACUUCCAUUUGGAUCACAUUGGUGCACUUCCUUACUUCACGGAAGUAUGUGGGUACAGCGGGCCAAUAUACAUGACGGCUGAUUUGGUUGCUUAGUGGAUUGCUAAAAAUUGUUUUCAAGAUUGCCGUGUUUGUUUUUUCUCGACAUUGUUUCCCCGAAUCCUAAUGCUGAGAAAGCAGUAGUGCCAAAGGAAGAGAUCUUGGAUUUUGAGUUGUCACCUGAGCCCUCGAACGCAAGGCAAUUUGAGGUUAAGAAUUUAAUAGCUUGAUUUGGUUAUUGUGAAUUGGCUACUGCAAAUCUUUCUGGUCAACUGGUUCCACAACUUGGUCAGCUUUUAAAUCUGCAAUACUUGGCCUGUGAAAUGAUCAUGUUUAUUGAAGGUGAACGAUCAGCAAUAAGACAGAUCGAUCCAAUAGGAUCAGGUGGAUAGCUUGUAUCCAAACAAUUGCUAAAAAAGUAGAAGUGAACCUAAACCUAUGUUGCUCAUAUUUGGUAGGAAGACACUGAGGCAGCUGCGAUUCUUCUUCAUAUUCCACUGCUUUCUUAAGAUAAGGUCAGAUUUUGUAAAUCUUAUAUACCAAUGGAUAAAAGUUGGAUGAAGAAGAAGAGGGGUGACAGGGAAUACGUUGAAGGUGUACUUAACUUUGUGAAAUUUGCAUCUUUACAUGCACAUGAGGGGAAGAUAUUAUGUCCUUGUAAAGUGUGUGUGAACUUGAAUUUAGUAUCGCCUGGGGUGGCACAGGCCCAUCUGUGGACUAACGGGAUGCUUCCCAGUUACACACAUUGGAAAUAUCAUGGAGAAUUGGCGGAUGUGGCAACAGCUCCCGAAUGUGGGAGUAGUCAUGUGCAAGACUCCCAUGAACAAUACGGUGACUUCCGUGGGAUGUUGCAUGAUUUGUGCCUCACGCAUGAAAUGGCAGAUGAACCAAUGGGAGAAGGUGAAACUGCGCAACAACAUGCUGAAGGUCUGAAUGAUGGUGCACAAAAAUUUUACAAAAUGAUAGAUGAUGUCGACAAACCUUUAUAUGCUGGUUGUACGAAAUUUAGCAUAUUCUCAGCCAUCGUUGUGCUGUUCCAGUUGAAGACUCUUUGUGGUUGGACGAACAAGUCAUUUACUAUGUUGCUUCAAGUCCUGAUGGAUAUGCUUCCUUCAGAUGCGAAGUUGCCAAAGGACCAUUAUGAGGCUAAGAAGAUAGUCCGAGAUUUGGGUUUGGGUUAUGAGAAGAUCCAUGCUUGUCCGGAUGAUUGUAUGCUAUUUUGGAAGGAGAAUGCUGACCUUGAGGCGUGUCCUUGUUGCAAGAAAAGUAGGUGGAAAAUGAAUGAGUCAUCUGUUACAAGUAAUAAUGCCUCAUCGAGUAAGGGAAAGAAGAAAGCUGCAAAGAUCCUACGAUGGUUCCCCUUAAAGCCAAGAUUGCAGCGACUGUUUUUGUCAGUCGACCUGGCUAGUUCUAUGAAAUGGCAUGUUAAUGGUCGGGCAGAUGAUGGGGCCAUGCGGCAUCCUGCUGACUCGGAUGCAUGGAAAAUGUUUGACUCCAUGCAUUUAUAGUUCUCGUCUGAGCCUCGUAACGUCAGACUUGGAUUAGCUGCGGAUGGGUUCAACCCCUUUGGAAUUAUGAGUUCUACUCACAGCACUUGGCCUGUGAUGCUAGUCCCUUACAAUCUCCCGCCUUGGCUAUGCAUGAAACGGUCAUCCUUGAUUCUAUCACUGCUUAUUCCUGGUCCUACAUCACCAGGGAUUGCGAUAGAUGUGUACUUGCAACCUUUAGUAGAAGAACUGAGGGAAUUAUGGGAUGUUGGAGUAGAAGCGUUUGAUGCAUCUUCAAAAAAUGUAUUCCAAUUGCGUGCGGCAUUGAUGUGGACCAUACAUGAUUUUCCUGCAUACGCAGACGUGUCAGGUUGGAGUACGAAGGGUAAGUUCGCGUGUCCUUGUUGUGCCUCGAACACCGAUUCUCGAUAUUUACAACAUGGCCACAAAUUCUGUUACAUGGGACAUAGGCGAUGGUUGGAUAGUGACCACAAAUUUCGGGGUGAAGGUACACUAUUUAAUGGAUCUACUGAUAUGCGAGGGGCUCCUAUGGCACCAGUUGCGUCAGACAUACUUGUGGAUACUGAAAGUAUAGUUGGACGUUGUCUGGGGAAGAAAUGUCAACUUCUUUACAACAAAAGAAAGAGAGGUGAGGCAAUUCCCUGUGGUUGGAAGAAGAGAAGUAUACUUUUCACCUUGCCUUAUUGGGAGGAUCAAAAGUUGCGACACAAUCUUGAUGUGAUGCAUAUAGAGAAGAAUGUGAUGGACAAUAUACUUGGCACGGUGCUGAACUUGAGGGACUGGACAAAGGAUAAUUGCAAGGCACGCCUUGACUUGGCAGACAUGGGAAUAAGGCGGGAACUUCACCUACAGCGAAAAGGUGAUGAUAAAUAUACGAUACCGCCUGCGUGUUUUCAUAUGACUCCAUCUGAGAAAGAUGGUUUCUUGCAAGUUUUGCGGGACGUAAGAGUGCCUGAUGGAUAUGCUUCCAACAUCUCACGCCGUGUCAAUCUGAAAGAACGCAAGAUUUCUAGUUUAAAGAGUCACGAUAAUCACAUCUUAAUGCAACAACUCCUUCCAAUCGCUUUACGAGGAUCUUUGCCAUCGCACGUUACUGGGCCUUUGAUAAAGUUAGCUUGUUUCUUCAGAAAAAUUUGUUCCAAAACCCUUACGGUUUCAGAGAUUGAGAAUGAUGAGGUAGAGAUUUCAGUCAUAUUGUGUGAAUUGGAGAAGAUAUUUCCUCCAUCUUUCUUCACUGUGAUGGUACAUUUGAUCAUGCACUUAGCUACUGAAGCCAAGGUUGGUGGUCCAGUUCAGUACCGUUGGAUGUACCCCAUUGAGAGGUACCUGUCUCGUCUAAAAUCUUACGUAAAAAAUAGGGCUGCUCCAGAAGGUUCUAUUGCUGAAGGAUACAUAGUGGAAGAAUGCUUAACGUUUUGUUCACGAUAUAUGGAAGGAGUUGAAACUAUAUUCAAUCGACCCAGAAGAGCAAUGGAGGAAUCAACAGGGGUAGUUUCAAGCGUGACACUAGACAAUCAGGAGUUCACCCAAGCUCAUCGCUACGUGUUAUUCAAUUCCGAGAACAUUUACCAGUUUCGUGAGAUGCACAAACGUGUAGUGGAGGACGAACUUCGAAGGGGCCACCGUCGUAUAUCCCCAGCUAUUAUUCAUAAGCACCACAUGGAAAGGUUUUGUGGUUGGUUUAGGUCUCACGUGAUGUCGAUGACUGAUGCUGAUAGGGAAAGAACUUCACUUAAUGAUACAAUUAUCACACUUUCCAAAGGGCCGUAUACUUUGGUGUUGGACACAGGUAUGGGCAAGAGGAAACGGCAGUUGUCACUUGUUUAUGUCGGCGAGGGAUCGUCACAUGGACGACAAAGGAUGGAGGCAGAAGAUGAUGAAGCACAUAGACGACAAAGGGUGGAGGCAGAAGAUGAUGAAGCACAUGGACAACAAAGGGUGGAGGCACAAGAUGACGAAGCCCAUAUUUCUCAAGAGGCAAGACCGGUUGCCUCUGAUGACGAUGAGACACAGGCUCCUGAUGAUUAUGAAUAAACGCCAGCAACGGGAAAUACACCUAAACGACGUGGUCCUACAAACCUAGCUGACAUAUGGGCAUUGGAUGGAUCCUGGAAGAUCCCAUUGCCGUUAAAUGAUCGAGGGCAACCGGUUGGUGAUGACAGUAAAACAUUUGUUCGGUGGUUGGGAACUUUCUGUCACAAUGGGUUGUUAUUACCACUUGUCCCUGCUGGGUGGCCCAAAGUUGAAGAAAAAUAUAAACAUGAUUGUUGGAAGGAGAUCGCGCAACGGUAUCUCAUUGAUGAAGAUAUUGUUAAACCACCUGAUCAAAAGGGAUGGGCAAUGCACAUACUUGGGGUCCUUAGGAGAAAUCGAAG